AGCUUGAUGCUCGACACUGAUACGAUUACGAUGUCAUUCUUUGAAGACAACAAGGUUGGCAAAGUUCAUUCUGAAAAUUUAGACGAUUUGAGGAAUCUUCUCGACAUGUUGAAAGUAAUUAUGUGAUUCAAUGUGUAAAUUUUCUAAAUAAUAAUAGUGACAUUUUCUUGAGCGUGCCAGUAAUCGAUAUGCAAAUCGAGUAAAAGAAACAAGACAGAUCCGAUUUUCUUUCGAAGAAUUAAUUAAAUUCGCUCGAUUGAAUCUUACCCGAUUGAAGGAGAAUCAAUUCCAGGAAAGGUGGAUGUUAAUCCCAGGAUUGUAACACACUUUCGAUAUUUUUUGUUAUGCAUACAAAACUGGGGUUGCUUGUUUUUCAAAUAAAUCGAUUCUUUCCAGAAGGAAUUUAAUAAGACCGAGCCAUAAUUUGAUCGCUGUUUCAAAAAGUAAUUUGCCAGAAAACAAUUGGAAUCCGGGGUGAAUAUUCUGAGAGGUUUCUCGAGGAGUUUUAUCUCGAGGAGCGUCGUCCUUUUUUGCAGGAAAUACUUUAGGACACUUUGUAUAAUUUUAUUGGAAGGAAACGGAACUAAGGUUCUUUAACCCGUGAAAACUUUGACAUCAAAGACCCUUCUUUUCCCGUUCGGUCAACGAAUUUCCUUAGUCAUUGUUGAGAACGAGGAAAGUAAUCAGUAUUUGGUCGAUGUGUGAUUCCCUGAUUAUUCAAACGAAUCAAUUAAGGCGACGACAUGAAACGAGUCAUUCAGAAAAAGGAAAAAUAGAGAAUCGCGAGAUAUCUUGUGCCUCGCUCUGACGUCUCGUGAGAGACGCUGAUAACCAGCAGCUGAUAAUGAACGAUAAGUUGCGCAUAAAAACGACCUCUUCAACUUAAACCGCCGAUUAAAAUCUAUAUUUAAAAUGUAAAUGUUUUGUAAGUGCGUGCAAAACAGUUGGUCGGAGAGAAACUUGGUCACGUACGCUAAGAUUCCAGUAAAAGACUGUUCGUCAAUAUAUUAAGAUGAACUUUCUUGAACUUUCACUCUCCUUCUUCAUUUUCUCUAUACCGAAGAAAAAAGCCUAACAGUUUCGAGUUUCACUUUUCAAGUCCAAACAGUUGGAGCACAAAAUAUUGCGACGUUAGUUGCUCGAAGGAUGUUGUUAGUUUUCCACGACACUCGACGCAAUAGAGCUGCGCAAAAUUAAAAAGUUUUCAUCCUUGAAAGAAAUUAUUCCGACUAGUACUGCGUAACAAGGAUCGAGUCGAUAAACCGCGAAAUUAGCUCACGGUAGAGUAGAACGAGUUCGCAUCCAACUUUGCGAUGGUAACGUGAUGCGUUAAAGUCGAUAUAUUCCCCAAACAGCAUCAGAGAAAGGACCAUCGUAAAACUUGCUUCGUCCACCUUCAAAGAUAAUUAGAAACUAACCAACCCGCAAAAAAAGCCACCGUAAAAUACAACUACGGUUUUGUAUCGAGAAACGUCCUCGAACUCCGGUCAAAUGACACGGUAGAAAUGAACCCGAAAGCUUUUGAAAGCUGGAAGCCUCGCAAAAUCGGCUACGUCAUCGACGAGUUAAACGACACGGACCGAAUUCGACACUUCUAAACAGGAGCUCCACUCGAAGAGCUUGGUUCUUUCGCGGAACGAAAAAUACAGACAGCAGGGUUAUUUCUCGUACGAAAUGAAGCGAAAAGAAGGGGUUGCAGGGUUUAGGAUUGUCUUGGAGGGUGUCGUUUUCGAGUACAAGGUCACGUGAAUUUCGUCGACCGUGUUCGAACGUUAGACAAUUGAAAAAUCGAGGAAAUUCAGAUGUCUGCAAAAGGGAAAGAAGGAAACCUGAUGGAUAACCACCCGAGUCAAGAUUUACGAACGUGAUAGAUGCCCUCGGUGUUGAAUCGAUCCACAAUAUUUUUAAAUCAACAGGAAACGAAAGAAAAUUACAAUGUAAAAUAUACCACAAAAUUCUUACACGAUACGAAAAACAUACUCGAAUGUAAUGUAAAGAAUGAAUUGUCUGGAAAUUUAAUAUACAAUGGUUGUUUUUGCGGCUAACCUUAAAUCCUUAAACGCGAGACUUUAUCAUUAAAUAAGCGUCCAACGUUCAUCGGUAUCCUCAUUAUAAUAUCAAAUGAAAUUUAUUCAGUUCUUUAAUCAUUUGUUUCUUCGGAUUCUUCAAAUUCAUAUAUGUAUAACGGACUAAACGUUUCGAGCAAAUCCUUUGAUAUGAAAAUUUCUUUCGGUGGUAAACAACUUGUUCGAUGAAUGAAAUCUACCGAAGCAACAAAAUCCGUCAAACCUUCCUUAUUUUAAGUCGUAGAAAUUAUGGAGUUCCGACUGUUUUCAAGGAGGGAUAUCGUUUUGUUAACUAUUUACGAUCGAGGGGAAACAGGAAAUGCGCAAGCUAUAAUUUUAGCUCGAGAUAUCUAAUUGAAAUGUUCUGUUUUGGGAGUCUCUCGAUUUCGCGAAUCAUUGCACUUCUAACGGGAUUAUUCCUAAAAUAGAGGCGUCGUAUAAGCGGCAGUUAAAUUCUUGGAUUAGUCGAAUCAUUCCGAGAAUUAAACGCGUAUGUGACUAAGGACGAAACUAUGACAUACCCCCGGACAAAAAUCACGAUUACGCCAAUGCAAAUACAACGCGUCAGAUGUUCGCAAACAGCACGAUUAAUAGACAACGAUAGAAAACAGUUGGCAAUCUUUCUUCCGUAACUCAUAAAAAUUCAUUUGUUUCUCGAAUUUUUCAUCCGAGGAUUACAUCAUAAUGGUUGAUUGAAUUUCUUGCUACGUAUGGAAGAGUUUGCUACAAAACAUGUUGACCUUCUCCAAAAAAAGACAAGAAUAAAUAGAGAGGACGAUUCAUAAAGAAUUCAUAUUUCACCCUAUGCGAAUGGAGAACUUAAAUUGAUUUCGGUAUUACAUAAAUAUUUAACAAAUUUAUAAAACGAAUACAAAUGUACUCAAGUCCUCGGUUGCUUCGAGUUUAUACAAUUUUUUGAACGGCUACGAGCAGGAAAAUCGGAAGCGAUCGAGGCAACCACCAUAGAGGGAAGCGAAGGACAUACGAGCGUUCCGGGUGCAAAUAUUUGAAAAAUGGCCGCGCAGCGGGUAGUUGCCGGUAAGAAGAAUAGCGGUUCGUUGUUUCUACGAAGAAGGCGAAUAAUCGAGCGAAAUGACCGUGAAACCGGUCCAGGACCCGAAGAAGAAGGAACGAGGGAAACCACGAGGACAACUGCCGGUAAUUGAAGGUGCGCAGAAGCGCCGGUGGCCGACGUCGUGCGUCGCGACGAGGGCCAUCCGCAGUCGUGACUCGCGCGGCGUCCGUGUCGGUUCGUCGACAAGUUCCUCGCUCGAUUUGUGACAUCUUGCGACCUUCGUUCGCCAGUUCGAUUCCUUUGGAAAGGUCGAACACGCAGGGCUUGAUAGAACCUAACAGAGCACGGUUCAAAAAUAACCGAGAAUCUGGUUUUACCAAGGUCUUGUGUGAAAUCGACAAAAUUACGGAUAAUUAGGGAAAAAUAGUUCUUGAUGAGGUCGAUAGGAAGAAAAUCCAACUGAUUCGGUUGUAGUUCUUCCUUUUCUUUUUUUUUCUUUCCACCAUUAUUUUACCGAGCUCUGUGCAAGACAGUUUGGAGAAGAUCGUACAACGGCGAGAAUAAAUACGGGGUGUCGAAUGGAGGAUUCGAUUCGAAGGAAAUCAAACUGAGAAUUCUUCCACUUCCUUGCAAUUUUCUUCCUGAAUUUCGUGCGAGAUUACGUAGGAUAGAAUCGAGAACUUUUUGCAACUUCACUAUCGAAUUUUGCCCGACGUUACUUUCCGUAGAACGGAAAACCUGAGAACUAAGGUCAAGAACAGAUUCGGAAUUGAUAAGGGAGGCUCUCCGAAAGAAGAAUCCUGUUCCGUUUCCAAUCACCGAUUUCUCUGAAUCGUGAAUGAAAUUAACUGAGAAACAUGGAAACCUAAGAUUGAAAAACUUGUGAUUGAUUGAACAGAGGAGAAUCAGCAGAGUUUUCCUACUUCACAAAAUUUCAAUCGUUCCAAUACUUAAAGGUUUAAGAUACAAAAAAUUUGAAGGACAAUCGAUAUAUCUUUGCCUAAUGUAAUAGAAGAUUUCGAUGAGAAGUUCUCCAAACUUCCAACACUCCAUAAAAACGUCGAUGUAUCGAACGAAAGUUUAAACGAAACUCGAUCAAUCAAUUCUUAAGAUUCGCCCGAGAGUUUGCCUCUUCCCAAUUUUUUGUUAAGAAUUUCAUUUAUUCCCCAAAAGUUGGUCGAGACUUUAUGAUGUGCCCUAUGCAACCACGAGAACUAAUAAAGUAAAUCGGUUCAAUAUGGAGGAGCCAAUAGUAUCGACGAAUUUGUCCAACAGCACGUCCAUUCAAGAGUACGUCCAGGACAUCACGAAUUUCUACAACGGGACCGUCGACAAUUAUUUCCAAGACAUCGUCCAUCCACCUCGGAGAGACUCGCUAUUCAUUGUGGUGCCGGUAACGAUCAUUUACGCGUCCAUUUUCGUGACCGGCACAAUAGGGAACAUCAGCACGUGCAUCGUGAUCGCACGCAACAAGUCGAUGCACACCGCUACCAACUAUUAUCUGUUCAGUUUGGCCGUGUCAGACCUGUUGCUACUGGUGUGUGGACUUCCGGCGGAAAUUUUUCUCGUUUGGUACAAGUACCCGUAUAUCUUCGGCGAGGGUUUCUGCGUUUUACGAGGCCUAGCGGCGGAGACGUCGACGAACGCGUCGGUUCUGACCAUCACGGCCUUCACCGUCGAAAGAUACGUCGCUAUUUGUCACCCGUUCUUGUCUCAAACGAUGUCGAAAUUGACCCGGGCAGUGAAAUGGAUCCUGGUGAUCUGGUUGGUGGCGUUGUCGUUCGCGUUGCUCCCGGCGCUUCAAUUUGGGGUGAUCCAACAUAAAAAUAAUCCUAGUCUAGUGAUGUGCACGGUCAAGAGGAUACUUCUGCAACACUCGUUCGAAUUGUCUACCUUCCUGUUUUUCGUGGUGCCUAUGAGUCUGAUCACCGUACUGUACGUACUGAUUGGGCUGAAACUGAGGAAGUCGAACAUGAUGAAGAGAAGUCAGGAGCGAGAAGGUAGCUGCAGACAUCAUACUGGCAGGUCGUCGAGGAGGGUGCUGAAAAUGUUGGUGGCGGUGGUAAUCGCGUUCUUCAUCUGCUGGGCGCCGUUUCACGUGCAGAGGCUGAUCGCCAUUUACGGGACAAAUUCGGAAGAUCACAUCACGUCUAACAGCAAGUGGAUAGAGUUCCUUUAUCUCUUGAUGACCUACAUAUCCGGGGUACUCUAUUACAUGUCCACGACGAUUAAUCCUAUUCUAUACAACAUCAUGUCGAACAAAUUUCGAGUGGCGUUCAUGGAAACACUGUCGAGGAGUUGCAGGAUCCCUGGCCUGGUGGUUCGCAACGACCAACGUUCCUACUCGAGUUUGUCUCGGUCCCAGCAAAGAGCGCUGGGCGCUUACGGCUCGAGGACCGUGGGCACCGGAGGAACCGGAAUCGCCCACGAAAGCACCGACUGUUCCGGAAAUUCCGCUCGCGAGGACAGCCCUAAACAGACGACAGCGUUGGUCGAGCAACUGAAGACGGACUCGCGGAACGUGGACAGGAAAUACGCCGACAAAGACAGCGAGGAGAUCAGGAAGCUCGCGAAAGAGGUUAGGGUGGUCGACGAGCACAGAUCCACCGGCAAAUACGCGACCGUCAAGGUCUCCAACGUCGACGAGGCCAGGAAAAAAUGGUGGGGGCUGCUCAAGUGGUUUCCUGGAUUGAAGUCCUUCAAGUUGGCCGGAAGGAACACGUACACCGUGUCGGAGAACCGUAUCCUGAAACAGACGGAGUUGCAUAGAGAAGAAUUCUCGAUGUCCAUGUGGAACGUACGCGAGGCGAACGAUCAGCUGCCCGUUUGAACCGUCUUUGCUUCGAAAAGGCUGCUGAAAGCUGAAACAUUCUCCGAGUUUCGAGAAUCGAAAGACUGCUUUGGUUAAUGGCUGCGAAUGAGUUUGGUACUUGCUGGCAUCGGAAAUACUAUGAAGGUUUCGAUGGGCAAAAACAUGUUUCAAUCAAUUUAGGAUGCGGUACGAGCGUCACCCGAAGAGUUGGAUGGAAAGAAAUGUUUCGAUCGAUGGUUGUAUUCGCGAACUGAUAUUGCAAUUCUUGGGUCUGAAGCUUUGACAACCGAAAGAAACUUUUUAAUCUUUGGCUAGAUUCGCGGACGGAGAGAAUGAAUUGGUACCGCGUAACGAUUGUUAAAUCAGUUAACUUUUCGCGAACGAAAAGUAAUCGCAAGAUUUGUUUCCGUGCAAAUGAAAGAGAAGUUGAAAAGUCGCGUAUGAAUGCUCGGUGAAUCGGAGUAUAAAUAAAUGAGACGAAGCAGAAGCUGUUGGGUUAUAAAUCGCCUCGAAAUGUAUAUUCCUGUCAGGUUUUUCGGUGAUCGAGAUUCUUCGUGAGUGCUUUGAAAAGCGCGUCGAUAAUAGACGUUCAUCCCCUCUUUUCUGAAGCGUACAAACUCGAAAUAAGAAAGUUCUCGAGGUAUUUCGAUCGAAACCUCGGAUUUAUGAGGGAAGAGACUACCUCGUGUGGCGCGGGGAGGAAUGA